UUCCUCUCCCUCAUACCACCUAAACUUAUUCCCUCCCCAAGUUGUACACCUUCUAUUCUUCUUAGGCAUACUCCUCCUCCAUUCCCAGCUCCAAUUCUCCAUUAAGAACCCUCUCUCCUCUAUCUUCUUAUUAAUUAUCCUGUACAUAAUACCAAAAGAUCAAACCUGAGAAAAGAAUCGAUGGCUGCUAACAAGUUUGCAACCAUGCUUCACAAGAACACCAACAGGAUGGCUGUGAUUCUCGUGUAUACCUUCCUGGAGUGGAUCUUAAUAGCCCUCCUCCUCCUCAACGGUUUGUUUUCUUAUCUGAUCGGCAAGUUUGCCGACUUCUUCGGCCUGAAGCCCCCCUGCCUCUUUUGCUCGCGGGUCGACCACCUCUUCGAGUCCGGUCGGGGCCGGAGCGCCUACCACGACCUUUUCUGCGAAGCCCACGCCGCCGAGGUCUCGCGGCUGGGCUACUGCUCCAACCACCGGCGGCUCGCCGAGGCCAGCGACAUGUGCGAGGACUGCUCGUCGUCGCGGCAGGCGGAGGCGGAUCGGGCGGUGGCGCUGCUGACGUGGAUGAAGAGGAGCGACGAGGGGGAGAAGGAUCCGAGGUGCUGCUCCUGCUGCGGUGUCAUCUUGGAGAGCCGGUUCUGCGCGCCGUAUUUGCUCCUAAAGCCUUCUCCUUGGGGGGUCCUGGAUUAUGCUCAGAAAGGGAAUUUAGUGGGGGAGAUAGCUGAGGAUUGCGAAAGAACCGAUAAAGAUGCGAUCUUUGAUCAAGAAAGAGAUAAAGUUACUUUCUUUAAUCAAGAAAGUGCGGAAGGGGAGAAGACGGCGUUUUGGGAUGAGAGGGAGAAGAAGGAAGAUCAUAUGGGUGCUCUCAUUUCAGAACCAGAGGCAGAGCAAGAGCAAGAAGGUGAGGUUCUAAUUCGGUUCUCCAAGACAUGCCUUUUGCCCGAAGAUGCUUCUUUGGAGGUCCUGACUCGGUGCAUGGAGAACGUAACUGAUGAGGAGAGACUGGUUCCGAUGGAAUUGGUAGAAUCCAUUACUAUGAUGAAGAGCUCUACGUUGUAUAAGAUUGAUGGAGAAGAUGACAGAGAGCUUGGGAAUUAUCCAGUAGAGGAAGAUGGCAGGACUCUUGAAAGCAGAAGCAUUGCAGAGGAAAAAUUGGCAUUGGCUUCGACAAUGGAAAAGGCUGAUACCGUUGAGAUGUUUUCUUUACCUCCUGCUGGGGAGACCGGAGGCCAUUUUUUGUCGGAUCAUCAACAGUGUGCUGUUCCUCAAGAAAGUCCAACACCAGUGAGUCCGCAAGACAAUGUUGAUGCUGAAAUGGAGGCAUCGGUAGCUCUCGAAGAUUUUGCUGGACCACAGGCUUCUGAAGAGGAUACUAAGCCGGUCGACAUGGAGGCUAAUGGUGAGAUAUCGGCAGGAAGUGAGAUAUGUGACCAGGAGCAUAUUGAUCAGGCCCAGUUUCUCGAACUAAUUCCACUGGCUGUGGGCGUGGAAGAUCAAAGCUACAACGAAGCCACUGAUAAAUACCAAGUGACUGAAACUGAACCAGUGGUUACCAUAGCACAAAGUGGAGACUGCCUGUCUAUAUCUGCGGAGCUUAAUGAGGUUGAAGAGGAGAGAGCACUGGAGACACCAACAUAUAUUGAUGGUAAGAGGUUUAUGUUUGAAAGGAGAGAAUUUGGGACCGAGUCUGUAGAUGGAAGUGUUGCCAGUGAGAUCGAAGGAAGCGAACCAUUGACUAUUGAUCGCCUUAAAUCUGCUCUGAAAGCAGAACGCGAGGCCCUGAGUGCAUUAUAUGCUGAAUUAGAGGAAGAGAGGAGUGCUUCUGCCAUAGCUGCAAACCAAACUAUGGCGAUGAUAACUAGGCUUCAAGGAGAGAGAGCUGCAAUGCAGAUGGAAGCGUUGCAGUACCAACGGAUGAUGGAAGAACAAUCAGAGUAUGAUCAGGAAGCCCUGCAGCUUCUGAAUGAAAUGAUGAUGAAGAGGGAGAAGGAGAAACAAGAUUUAGAGAAGGAACUGGAGGUUUAUCGGAAGAAGGUUCUUCUUUAUCAAGCCAAGGAGAGAAGAAGUCUUGCAAGGAAUAAUAAAACCAGCGUCAGGAGUGGAACAUCUUCUGCUUCUUCAAGUGCUGAAGAAAGUGAUGACCUCUUAUUCGAUUUCCAUGAAGGAGAAGAGUGUGCCUACAGCCUUAAUGAAAGCAAUCAAAACACUCCCACGGAUGCUGUUUUUAGUUCUGGGACAGAUCAUGACACUGGAAAGCAUCUAAUUACGCUUGAUGAAACCUUGGCUUAUUUUGAGGAAGAGAGGUUCUCCAUACUGGAGCAGCUCAAGGCACUGGAGGAGAAACUUUUCUCAUUGGAUGAUGAAGCCUCUGAUAACGUAAAAGCUGUAGAGCAUUUCUCAGAGGAAAAUGGGCAUGCGCCCAAUGGGAAUCAUGAAUCUUUAGGUGAUGAUGUGCAUGAUGUCCUGAAUGGUUUCUCUGAUGAUUUGGAUGCGAAGGCUAACCAUCACUGUGAACAGAGGAGCACAGAUUGUAGAAGAAAGUGGCUUCUUCCUCUCUUUGAUGCAGCUAGUGUGGAAAAUGAAGGUGACCCGUGCACCAGGCAGGAGGCGACUGAUGCUUCAACUGAUUCAAUGUCCAAGCUUUCGAAGGAGCAGAUGAAGCUUGCAAUUGCAGAGGAGGUUGACGAUGUCUAUGAGAGGCUACAAGCUCUGGAGGCAGAUAGAGAAUUUCUCAAGCAUUGUCUCAGCUCCUUGAAGAAAGGAGAUAAGGGAAUGGAUCUUCUUGAAGAGAUUUUACAACAUCUUCGUGACCUGAGGAGUAUGGAGCUUCGAGUCAGAAAUGCGGAUGAUGCUCUUGCUUUGCUAUGAGCCUAGAUGAGCACAAAAACAAAGAUGCAUGCUGCUUGAGUGGAGUCGAUUGGUGGUGUUAAGUUGGCGGCGACAAUCGGCAGCAAUGAAGCCAAGCUAAGGUCACACAGAAGAAGAGCCUUGGUACAGGAGAAAGGCUGAAUAUGGUGUCAUAUGAAUGUCUGAUCAUGCCAGUUGGGAAGGGUCUCCUGGUUCUUUAUUUUCUUGCUGUUUGCUUUAAAAUGUCUUGUGGAAGCAGGCCAGGGAUAUAGUCUGCCUUCCGAAGCCCUUGGUUUUUGUGGGCUUCUCCUUUCCUUCUUUCCCCUUUUUCUUUCCUUUGGCAAGGUGAAUGAGGCAGGGAAGGGUGGUAGUCAGCCACUCAUGAUGUGUGGUAUGAAGCAUGGCUUGCAAAGCUGGACAAAGUUGCAGUGCCAGCUCCAAGGCCAGGAAUACAGCAGUUUAAAAGAAAAAGUAGAAUGAGUGGAGUUCCUUUUGUUCUUUUAUUUUUUCACUUCUUUUCGGAGGGGGGGGGGGGGGGGUAGCUGU